GUUGUGAAAGUGUUGAAACAAGUUUUUCAUCAAUAAAAAAAUCCACGAUGAACGAUGAAGACGUAGCCGCUGUGGUAAUUGACAAUGGAUCAGGAUUGUGUAAAGUUGGAUUUGCUGGAGAUGAUGCUCCAAGAGCUGCAUUUCCAUCAAUUGUUGGAAGAACCAGACCGACUCAAUCAUUAAAUGGCCGUGGAGGACCGAUAGACUGCUUAGUUGGGAAUGAAGCUCAAAGCAAAAGAGGAAUUCUAACACUUAGUUACCCAAUUGAACAUGGAGUUGUCAUAGACUGGGAAGAUAUGGAGAAAAUAUGGCAUCAUGCUUUCUAUAAUGAACUUUGUGUUACGCCAGAAGACCAUCCCGUAUUACUGACAGAGUCUCCCCUCAUCCCUAAAUCUAACAGAGAAAAGAUGACAAAUAUUUUAUUCGAAACCUUUCAUUCUCCGGCUAUGUACGUUGCUACCCAGUCACUAAUGUCUUUAUACGCUUCUGGUCGUACAACUGGCAUUGUGUUGCACUCUGGUGAUGGUGUAACCAAUACUGUACCCGUCUUCGAAGGUAAUGCCAUUACGCAUGCUAUUUUGGGGUUGGAUCUCGCCGGAACUGACCUUACAGACUAUUUGAAGAAACUUCUGGCAGAACGAGGAUAUUCAUUCACAAGCACAGCCGAAAGAGAAAUCGUAAGAGACAUAAAAGAAAAUAUGUGCUAUAUAGCAUUAGACUUUGGACAAGAAAUGCAAACAUCUGCUUCUUCGUCAAGUUUAGAGAAAAGCUACGAACUACCUGACGGACAGGUUAUCACAAUAGGCAAUGAAAGUUUCAGAUGUCCAGAAGCAAUCUUUCAUCAACCAUCUUUUAUGGCCAAGACAUCCUCUGGCAUACAUGACACAUUAUACAACAGUAUCAUGAAAUGUGAUGUCAAUAUUCAUCAAGACUUGUAUGCUAACAUCGUUAUUUCUGGUGGUUCAACUUUGUAUCCUGGUUUUGUCGGACGUGUGCAGAAAGAAAUCACACAACUUGCUCCACCACGAAUGAAAAUCAAAGUUAUUGCUCCACCAGAAAGAAAAUAUUCUGCUUGGAUCGGUGGAUCCAUCUUAGCCACAUUACCAUGCUUCCAACAAAUGUUGAUUACAAAACAGGAAUACGACGAAACCGGUCCAACAAUCGUUCAUCGAAAGGUUUUUUAAACUGCAAAACGUCUUGGUUAAAAUGUAAUUAAUUGCUUUUAUAUAGACAUGAUAUGUGUUAGCUGAUUUAUACUUUUACAUCAUUUCUGUAUUCAAAAAAUAUUUGUAAUUUAAAAAAAAGGAUAUAUUCAAAUGACAAAAACCUGCAAAAUCACAUUUGGAGGAUCGUUUAAUAUACAUAUUGUUGUUUGAGUUUUAAGAAUCUCAUGAGAGAUACCAGGCGAUCAAAUAUAAUGAUGAAUCCAACAAAUUAUGGAAACCAACCAUUUUUAAACGUUGAGCAAUACAAUACAACGAUUCCAAUGAAUGAGAUUCAACUUAUCUUUAGAAAAUUUACUGAAAAGUAACAUAACAAUUGUAUCUGGCAAAACUAAAUUAAUGACUAUAUGCCUCGUGAUACCAUAUUUUAUGUCUAACUGCAUUUUACUAGUGUUGAUAAUAACAGUGAUCAAUAAUUUCUCUUUAUCAAAAUAUGUGUUGAAAGUUAUAUACCUGCAUGCAAUAGAAGGGUAUAUAUAUAAUCAUUGAUAGACAUUACAGACUGUCAGGACAGAAUACAUUUGACAGAAAAACUACAAUUGUAGCCACAUAUAUAUACCUAAACAAACGAAUUGUGAGUUAUGAAGACAUUUGAAUGAAUGGUCAUUAUUUGGAAAUUAUAAAUAUAUUGUAUACAUCA